GAGAGACACCCGGAGAUGCUGCGUUAGUUGCCGCGGCGGCUCCCGUACAAUAUCGGGUCUCUCAUCCAAAGUUGUCCAGUUCCUCUUCUCCAACAUCCUGCCCGCCAUUCAAACCCCGCAAUUCAUCAUUUUAAAUUGAAAAGCCUGAAAGGGAGCUACAUCAUGGCGGAUUAUCUUUACGAGCUCCUAUCGCCCCAUUUAAAUUCCACGAAUGCCUCCCCCGCUCCCCUGAAUCCUGAGCAUGAUACAACCACUGCCCAGUACCUCAACCGGUUGCCCACACUCUCUCUCCAGUCGUUGCAAGAAGCCGAGCCACAGUCACUCGCGCAAUCAUCUCACUCGACCCUCCUAUCUCUUCAAGCGUUGUCAAACCGCUCCCACAAAACCUUCAUCUCUUCCGCUGACAGCCUAUCGGCCCUUCCCACCUCCAUUUCCCAAUUAUCUCGAGAUGCGCAGCAAUUACGUGAUGCAAUUCCAAGACUUGACGAAGAGGUGGUUCUCUUUUCAUCGAAAUACAGCCGAUCUGCCGAGAAUGCGGCCCUGGAGAAGAGAAAGAAAGUAAUGCAGCUGGCAAGAAAUGUCGACCGAUUGUCGGACAUUCUGGAAUUGCCCACAUUGCUUUCGACCGCCGUAUCUUCAGCUGCUGCAAGCUCGGGGGCCGCAGGCGGCUCAUCCUCUACAACAUAUUCAGCAGCAUUAGACGUGUAUGCACAUAUCAAACGAUUACAGACAUUACACCCCGAUUCUCCUCUGGUCAGGGAUGUCUCCUCCCAGGCCGAGGACGCUAUGAAGGACAUGACUACACAUCUGAUAACUGGUCUUCGGGCGCAAAACCUCCGACUUGCAGCUGCCAUGAGAACUGUGGGUUGGCUGCGGCGAGUGGCCCCCGAGCUGGAGAAUCUCCGUAGCGAUGGAGGAUCCGGAACGGGAGAAGGCGCCCUUGGUGCCCUAUUCUUGAUCUGUAGAUUGGCGAAUUUGGUGUCGACACUUGAGGCAUUGGAUCCUCUACGGGAACUCGCGGAUCAGGAGUCACAGCGCAGAACCCAGAGUACUGAAAAGAAGCCCGGAUCAUGGUCGGAUGGGCACCAGACAGAAAAAUUCUUGAAACGAUACAUUGAAAUCUUUCGCGAGCAGAGCUUUGCUAUUGUUUCCUUGUAUAAGAACAUUUUUACUCCUACCCAGUCCGAGUCUGAACUCGCUGUGGCAGGAUUGAGAGGAAUUGAUGCGCGAAUCAAGUCGACAGUAUCGCGACUAGCUCAGCAAGAUGAUCCACUACAGUGCCUGCCCCCAGCACUCGCAACCUUUCCCCUACAUCUGGUGCAGUUACUGACAGACACCUUGCGGGCGUAUCUUCCCAACGUCCGGGAUAAGAGUUCGCGUGAAAGUCUCCUAACCCAGGUCCUAUACUGUGCUGCCAGUCUAGGACGACUAGGUGGGGAUUUCGGUAUGAUCCUUACAGAGCUGAGUGAUAGUGGAGAUGAGGACGAAGACAUGGCCUACGAGUGGGAGGAGGUGACAAGAAAGCAUCGAGCCUUGGCAGGGCGCCUAGAGCAACUCACUGGAGGCAAUGUAGCGUCCGGAUCUACCAAGGGUACCCUGCGGGCGGCCUCACCCGUCCAAGGACUUGGAGCUGCAUAGCAGAGCGAUAGCCAAUUGUCAUCUGACUGCGGCUGAUGAGCAUCUUCUGUUGCUAAAAGGAGAAAUUCAGGACUCCGGUUCGGAGCGCUAAGCCGGAUGGGGCACUAGCGGCCGGGUGCCGUUUGACCUCCGCCGGUCAUUGUCUGGACCCUCUCUUGCCUGUCAUCUUCCCUUCCCUCUCUCUCCCUCUCCUUCUCUCUUUUCCUUUUUCUUAAUUUUUCCUUCCUGGAAUAAGGGAUGAUUGAUUGAUCUCUCUAU